AUGUUCCCAUACAGCGGCCCAGGAUCCCCUCCCGGCAUGAGCGCAUACUCGGCGCCGGGCUCUCCGCCGGGCGGGUAUGGACCCGCUGCAGCAGCUUCGCCGCCGUACAUGGGCGUGACCUAUGGCGGAGCGGGCAGUCCGCCAUCCAGCUUCAUGCCGCCUCCUGCAUCCAUGGCCGGGCCUAGCUCAGCAGGCGCCGGUACCGGCAGUCGCGGUGGGCGCGGCUCGCGUGGCGGGCGCGGCUCACGCGGAGGUGCAACCGAGGGCCCCAAGCGCGGUGGUCCUGGAUCAAGAGGCGGACGAGGCUCGCGCGGCG